AUGUCCGACACAACAAUAGCUGAGAGAAACCCCACCGUUGCCGUCUCGGCUCCUGGCAAGGUUCUCCUGGCUGGCGGGUACAUUGUUCUCGACCGCCGUUACACGGGCCUCGUGUUCGGCCUCAGUGCCCGGAUCCAUGUCCUCGCCCACGAGAUACCCACCAGCGAGGGCGUGCACAUCUCCGAGAUUGUCGUGCAAAGUCCCCAGUUCUUGAACGCCACCUGGAGAUACGGCUACCGUCUCGUUGACAAUGACGGCGGGAUUAAGGUCACUCAGCUGCAAACGGGUCCUCCGGUCGACGCAAACCACUUUAUAGAGACAACCCUCAACUACGUCCUUACGUACAUCGCCUAUGCGGAUAAGGACCGCACCAAGGGCAGUUUCAAGCCCGCCUCCUUCGUCGUCCUUGCCGACAACGACUACUACUCCAGCCCGCUCUCGCCAGCCGACGAAGCGAGCGCUGGAGCUGGCAAAGAUGGCCAGCAUCGCUUCAGGCACUACGGCACGACCCUGCGCGAUGCGCACAAGACAGGACUAGGCUCCUCAGCCGCCAUCGUCACCUCACUAACGGCCGCUCUGCUCGCGCACUACAUGGACCCGCGCGCCUUCGACAUAACCUCUCCCGCGGGCAGACGCGUUCUGCACAACCUGGCGCAGCUCGCGCACUGCGCCGCGCAGGGCAAGAUUGGCAGCGGCUUCGACGUGGCGACGGCCGUCUACGGCUCCUCGGUCUACCAGCGCUUCAGCCCCAGCCUGGUACCGGGGGUCGCCCCAGGGGAAGCCGGUUUUGCCAGUCUGGUGACCAAGACCGUUGGCGACGGGGUGGAGAAGGACAACUGGGACUACAACAUCCACCCGGUUGCCUUGCCCCCGGGCGUGGCCAUCCGGAUGGUCGACGUCGACUGCGGCACGCAGACGGUCGGUAUGGUCAAGAAGGUGCACGACUGGCGCGACGCGCACCCGCACGACGCCGCAGGGGUAUACGGUAGCCUGCAGGCGUGCGUCGAGAGACUGGCGGAGGUGCUCCGCGGGGGAAAGACCGACGAGAUUGGGGGUGCGAUGCGCCCCGUGCGGGAGCUGAUGCGGAGGAUGGGCCAGGACAGCGGCGCGCCAAUUGAGCCGGAGAGCCAGACAGCCAUGCUCGACGCGCUGGAAAAGGUGGCUGGUGUGUACGGGACGGUUGUUCCAGGUGCCGGCGGGUAUGACGCUGCUGCGGUGGUGAUGAGGGAUGAUAAGGAGACGGAGCAGAAGGUGAAAGAAUUUCUGGAGGGCUGGAGCAAGGAGCAUGGAAUCCGCGUCAGCCUGAUGGCGGUCAGGGGGGAGACGGAAGGAAUACGGAAAGAGGAUGUAAACCAGUUCAGAAGCUGGCUUCACUAA